UUCAGAUUUUUGAUUUCGCACGGCCGCACUGACGCUGUCACUCGCGAUUCCAGAGAUUCUCUUCUCCUCCGCUAUCAUUCAAGGUUCCAGACUCUCUAGAGCUCUGAGUCCAUCCUCUGUCGUUUGCCUCACCGUCCCCGAUCACCAUCUCCUUCGAGCUACAAAAUCCAAGUCCGUCUGCUGAUACUUCGUCGUACACUCGUCGAGCUCCAGAUCCCAAAUCCAAACUCGUCACUUACUCGGUUGAGUGGGUUCCUCACUUCCUCCGUUCCUCGGUUUGCAUCGUGCCAUCAUCUCCUCUGUCUGCCUUACAACUGGUUUUUAGAGCAUUGGAUUGCACAUUGCGGAGUUAUAGAAUAAUAACUGGCUUUAUUGCCUGGAACCAGCCGAAGGUACAAGAAUUCACCAUAGUCUCUGGAAGAAGACUUUAGUGAUCGAUCCGUGUGUUGAAGAGACUAUCCCAUCGCCAUUAUGCUUCCUCUUUCCCUACUCAAGACUGCCCAAGGGCACCCGAUGUUGGUAGAACUGAAAAAUGGGGAAACCUAUAACGGACAUCUUGUUAACUGUGAUACGUGGAUGAAUAUCCAUCUCCGUGAAGUCAUCUGCACCUCCAAAGAUGGAGAUAGAUUUUGGCGAAUGCCUGAAUGCUACAUACGAGGAAAUACGAUUAAGUACCUAAGAGUUCCAGAUGAGGUUAUUGACAAAGUUCAGGAAGAAACCAAGAGUCGCACAGAUCGCAAGCCGCCUGGGGUGGGUCGAGGUAGAGGAAGAGGCAGUGCGGAUGGUUCUGGGGGGCGUCCAGCAAAAGGAAUUGGGCGUGGCCUUGAUGAUGGUGGUGCAAAAGGAGCAGGUGGAGGCCGGGGCAAGGGUGGGCCAGGUGGAAAGCCUGGUGGAAGAGGUACUGGGCGGGGAAGAGGUUAAUAUAGUUUGUGCCGUAAGACAGCUUAAAAUGGGCCAGCUUGCUACUUUUAGAGGCAUUUGUGCCCAUUUUAUUUGGGUGCAUUGACAGAUUUUCCUGCAUGUUAUCUGUUUAUCCAUGGAUGAUUCGUUGCCAUAUGCUUUCAUGGUUAUGGUUACAAAAAUAUUGGUGAUACCGUAGAACUUGAUGAAAGCCUCUAGCCGUGCAUCAUAUUUCAACCAUCAUGCAAAUUCCUUUGCCCAAUGAGUAAAGAUGAUGGUGCUGAACACCUAAUUUAUAUUUAAUUCAUGGAGCCUUUGGUUGGUCGCUA